AUGGCGGCGGCGUCGGGAAUCAGCGAGCGCGGCAUGGCACCGGCGAUGCGAAGCGGCGCGGACGGCGUGUUCCACUUCGUGAUCCCCGUGCGGCCGCUGGCGGGGCAGAUCUCCAUGGAGCACCUCGAGCGCCUCUCCGUGUACAACUCGCUCUACGGCGCGCUGUUCGUUGCAGCAGGGCUUGUGGCCAUCCUCUUGCCUCUCAUUUUCCCACUUUCCUUGGGUGUCGCCAUCAAGACUCUUGGGUGGGUGCUGCUGGUGGGAGGAGUGGUGACCUUUCUGCACUUCCUCUUCCUCUGUGGUGCACCUGGCACCGUCGCACUGCUCUUCCUCGGUCUCAUUCACUUCGCCAUUGGAUUCUCCCUCGUCGCCGGCACGGGCCUUGUACAAGGCCCAAACGCUCUCCAGUUUAUCCUCGCCGGCUGGUUCUUAGCUCAGGGCGUGUUCAAGAGCGCACUGGGUGUGUCGCUGCGCAGCAUCUCCUCGUGGCCCAUGGUGCUGCUCUCCGGCAUGAUCGCCAUUGCUCUCGGCUUCGUGGUGUUCGCACAGCCACCGCAGUCAUCGCAGAAAACGGAGCCAAGCGAGGACUUUGUGCGCCUGGCAGGGCUGCUCGUGGGCGUGGACCUCUUCAUCACCGGCGUCAGCAUGCUUGUCAUCGCCCUCCUUUCUUCAUGGGCUGUUCGAAUGGUGGACGAGACAGAAGAACCACUGCUUGUUGGCCCUGUCUCUCCUUCGGGAGCGGGUUUCAAGCUACCAAAACACGUGGACGAUCGCGACGCGGAGUGGCCGAUCGCGGCGCGGGGAGCGGAGGAGGAGCACAGCGGGGGAGGCCAUUCGGACGAUGAGAGGUCGAUCGCGGGCGACUCGUGGUCCGUUAAGAGCGAGUAUGGCAGCACGCUGGACGGCGACGAGGCGCGCACGGCGGAGAUGAUGUGCGGGACGACGAUCGCGGAGGACUCGCAGCCGGGUGGAAGCAGUGCACCGGAGGAGAGGGAGCAGCAGGAGCUGAACGGGUUGCGAGAGCACGAGGGAGGCGCGGAGGGACAUGUGCAUAGCGCGUAUACCCACCAGAGCAACUUGCAGGGGGAGCUGGGGGGGCUGAGCGGGCUGCUAGCGGGCAGCGCGCCGAGCGAGGGGAGCCUGGACGACCGAAUAUCGGAUCUCGAUGGCUGUGCUGGGGGCGAUGGGGAUGAUGAUGGGGAUGAUGAUGGGGAUGAUGAUGGGGAUGAGGAUGAGAAUGGGGAUCAAGAUCGGGAUGGGGCGGCGGGUAUGCGGAAUGAAGCAGGGGGCGAUGGGUUAGGGUACGACGGAGGAGCGCCGAGCGCGGCAGGAGACGCGCCGGGGAGUGGAGCGGCGGAGAGGAGGGGGGGAGGAUUGCGGGAGAGGGGAUCGGGGGGUGAUGAUUCAGAGGAUGGCGGAAUAGGCGAGGGCGGGGAGAACGGGGGGGGAGGCGAGGAGGGGGGGGGAGCGGGCGAGAAUGGAGAAGGGGAUGGGGAUGGGGACGAGAAAAAAGAGGGCGAUGGGGAUGAGGAGGGGGGAGAGGACGAAGAUGAGGAAGAAGAGGAGGAGGAAGAGGAGGAAGAGGAGGAAGAGGAGGAGGGGUCUAUACUUGGGUUGAGGUCGCACUGGGACAGCACAUACGCGGACGAGCUACAACAGUUCAAGGAAUGCGGUGAUCCCGGCGAGAUAUGGUUCGGCGGAGACGUGAUGGAGACGUGUGCGCAGUGGACAGCGCGGAUAGCCGCCGCCUCUGCUGUCGCGCUCGCCGCAGGCGCGCUCGCAGCUACUGUUGGGGGCGAUGGCGCUGGCGCGAAGCAAGGGGGCAAGGGGGAGGGGGAAGAGGACAAGGGGGAGUCGGUAUCAGGGGCGCCAGGGACGUCGGAGGGGGCGGCCUUCCACAAUCUCCUGGGCACGGACUACAGUGAGGCAGCGGUGCAUCUAGCACAGCAGGUGGCGGAGCAAGCCGGUCUCAUGCACCUGCAAUUCCAGGCUGACGAUGUGCUGGACUCAUGCCUGUCCUCUGCGUCGUGCCACAUGGUGGUGGACAAGGGCACCUUUGAUGCCGUUCGACUGCACCCACAGGGCGCCACUCGCAAGAUAAGCUAUAAGAACACAGUGGCAAGGCUGCUUGUGCCCAACGGCCUUCUGGUCAUCACGUCCUGCAACAGCACUGUGGCUGAGCUUACUGCGGAGUUUGCCCCUCCAGUUCUCGGGAACGAUGAGAGUGUGGGUAUCAACAGUGUGGAUGAGACCGCGGAGCCAUGGAGAGGGGCCUUUGAGAAUCAUGCAUUCCCAGCGGUCCCAUCCGUUCCGUGGUUCAUCACCCGCCGCGCGCUCGUCACUGGCGCGUCCAUCUUCGUCGGCGCCACGUCCGGUCUCUUCGCGUCGGCCGCCGCGAUGGCCAGCGACCGCCGUCUGCGCGGACGCCAGGCCGUCCUGGAAAAAAUCCGCGCGCUGCGCGAGGAGCAGCUCUCGGAGAAGUCGUCGGAUAAGCUCGAGGAGGGGCCUAGCGCGCCUUCUGUUGAGACAACCACCGAGGGCAGCGAGGCGGGCGAGCAGGAUAGCCUUCCUGUGAUCGAGGCGGCUGCGGUCGCUGGUGCUGGUGUGGGCGCAUUGGUGGACGCGGUUUCUUCUGGAUCGGCUGCUGCUGGCGCCGACGCCGCUACUAUCGACGCCGUAUCCAGCGCCGCGGGAAGCGGAGCACAGGCCGCUGCUGAUGGCAGCGCAGCGUCGGCGAUCCAGUCAGCUUCAGGCUUGGAUCUCGGUGUGGACGAUGACGUGACGCCGUCGGGAGACGUUGACGGGGGCAUCGAGACACAGCCCGAGGCGGAAUAUGAGGCAGUAGCUGAGCCCGAGCCUGAGGGAACGGCCGAGCUCGAACCGGAUGCAGUAGCUGAUCCCGAGCCUGAGCCUGAGGCAGCAGCUGAGCCCGAGACUGAGCCUGCCGGUGAGUUCGAGCCUGAACCAGCAGCUGACCCAGAGCCUGAGGCGGGGGCUGAGCCCGAACCUGCGGCAGCAGCCGAGCCCGAGCCUGAAGCAGAAGCCGAGCCUGAGCCUGAAGCGGCAGCCGAGCCCGGGCCUGAAGAAGCAGCCGAGCCCGAGCCUGAAGCAGGUGGUGAGCCCGCCGAACCUGAGGCAAUGGCUGAGCCCGAACCUGAAGCAGAGGCCGAACCUGAAGCUGAAGCAGCAGCUGAGCCCGAGCCUGAAGCAGCAGCUGAGCCCGCCGAGCCUGAGGCAAUGGCUGAGCCUGAGCCCGAAGCAGAGGCCGAACCUGCUCCUGAAUCAGCAGCUGAGUCCGGGGCUGAAGGAGCAGCUGAGCCGGAGCCUGAGGAAGUGGCUGAGGUGGAGCCUGAGCUUGAAGCUGAAGUUGAGCCCAAGCCUGAAGCCGCUGAGCCCGAGCCUGAGGCAGCAGCCGAGCCCGAGGCUGAAGCAACAGCUGAUCCCGAGCCUGCAGCGGCGGAAGAGCCCAACACUGCCACAGCGGCUGAGCCCGAACCUGCAGCAGCAGCCGAGUCCGAGCCUGAAGCAGCAGCGGAGCUGGAACCUAAGCCUGAAGCGGUGUCUGAGCCCGAGCCUGAAGCAGAGGCCAAGCUCGAGCCUGAGGCAGCAGCAGAACCCGGGUCUGAAGAAGCGGCUGAGCUCGAGCCUGAGUCAAUGGCUGAGCCCGACCUUGAGCCUGAAGCUGCAAUUGAGCCUGAGUCCGAAGCUGCUGAGCCCCAGCCUGAAGCAGCUGAGCCCGAGCCUGAAGCAGCUGAGUCCGAGCCUGAAGCAGCAGGUCAGCCCGAGACUGAAACAAUGGCUGAUCCCGAGCUUGAGCCUGAAGCUGCAGUUGAGCCCGAGCCGGAGGCCGAGCCUGAAGCAGCAGCCGAGCCCGAGCCUGAAGAAGCUACUGGGUUCGAACCUGAGCCUGAAGUUGCAGCUGAGUUCGAACCUGACGCAGUGGCCGAGCCUGAAGCUGAGGCAGUGGCUGAGCCCGUACCUGAACCUGAAGUUGCAGUUGAGCCCGAACCUGAGGGAGUGGCUGGACCCGAGCCUGAGUCGGAGGUUGCAGCAGCGCCCGAGCCUGAGGCAACAGCUGAGACAGGUCCUGAGGCAGCAGCGGAGACGGGACCUGAAGGAGCGGCAGGCAUUGAGCCUGAAGCGCCAGCAGACCCCGAGCCCAAAGAGACACCAGCGCCCGAGCCUUCUAAUUUGGCCGAACCCGAACCUGAAGUAGUGGCUGAGCCUGAGCCUGAAGCACAAUCUGCACCCGAGCCUGAGGCGGUAGCAGAGCCCGAGCCCGAGCCUGAGGCGGCAGCAGAGACCGAGCCUGAGGCGGCAGCAGAGUCCGAGCCUGAAGCAGCAGCAGAGCCCGAACCUCAGCCUGAGGCAGCAGCAGAGCCCGAUCCCGAGCCUGAGGCGGCAGCAGAGCCCGAGCCUGAGCCUGAGGUGGCAGCACAGCCCGAGCCCGAGCCUGAGGCGGCAGCAGAGCCCGAGCCCGAGCCUGGGGUGGCAGCAGAGCCCGAGCCCGAGCCUGAGGCAGCAGCAGAGGCUGAGCCCGAGCCUGAGGUGGCAGCAGAGACCGAGCCCGAGCCUGAGGCAGCAGCAGAGCCCGAGCCCGAGCCUGAGGUGGCCGCAGAGCCCGAGCCCGAGCCUGAGGCGGCAGCAGAGCCCGAGCCCGAGCCUGAGGCAGCAGCAGAGCCCGAGCCUGAGCCUGAGGUGGCAGCAGAGCCCGAGCCCGAGCCUGAGGCGGCAGCAGAGCCCGAGCCUGAGGCGGCAGCAGAGCCCGAGCCUGAGCCUGAGGCAGCAGCAGAGCCCGAGCUCGAGCCUGAGGCGGCAGCAGAGCCCGAGCCCGAGCCUGAGGCAGCAGCAGAGCCCGAGCCCGAGCCUGAGGUGGCAGCAGAGCCCGAGCCCGAGCCUGAGGCAGCAGCAGAGCCCGAGCCCGAGCCUGAGGUGGCAGCAGAGCCCGAGCCCGAGCCUGAGGCGGCAGCAGAGCCCGAGCCCGAGCCUGAGGCAGCAGCAGAGCCCGAGCCCGAGCCUGAGGUGGCAGCAGAGACCGAGCCUGAGCCUGAGGCAGCAGCAGAGCCCGAGCCUGAGCCUGAGGUGGCAGCAGAGCCCGAGCCCGAGCCUGAGGCGGCAGCCGAGCCUGAGCCUGUAGCAGCAGCAGAGCCCGAGCUUGAGCCUGAGGUGGCAGGAGAGCCCGAGCCUGAGCCUGAGGUUGCAGCAGAGCCCGAGCCUGAGCCUGAGGCAGCAGCAGAGCCCGAGCCUGAGCCUGAGGCAGCAGCAAAGCCCGAGCCUGAGCCUGAGGUAGCAGCAGAGCCCGAGCCCGAGCCUGAGGCGGCAGCCGAGCCCGAGCCUGAAGCAGCAGCAGAGCCCGAGCCUGAGCCUGAGGUGGCAGCAGAACCCGAGCCUGAGCUUGAGGUGGCAGCAGAGCCCGAGCCUGAGGCGGCAGCAGAGCCUGAGCCUGAAGCAGCAGCUGAGCCCGAGCCCGAGCCUGAGGCAGCAGCAGAGCCUGAGCCUGAGCUUGAGGCGGCAGGAGAGCUCGAGCCUGAGCCUGAGGUGGCAGCAGAGCCCGAGCCUGAGCCUGAGGUGGCAGCAGAGCCCGAGCCUGAGCCUGAGGCAGCAGCAGAGCCCGAUCCUGAGCCUGAGGUAGCAGCAGUGCCCGAGCCCGAGCCUGAGGCGGCAGCAGAGCCCGAGCCUGAGCCUGAGGUGGGAGCAGAGCCCGCGCCCGAGCCUGAGGCAGCUGCAGAGCCUGUGCCCGAGCCUGAGGCGGCAGGAGAGCCCGAGCCUGAGCCUGAGGUCUCAGCAGAACCCGAGCCUGAGCCUGAGGCAGAAGCAGAGCCCGAGCCCGAGCCUGAGGCAGCAGCAAAGCCCGAGCCUGAGCCUGAGGUAGCAGCUGAGCCUGAGCCCGAGCCUGAGGCAGCAGCAGAGCCCGAACCUGAGCCUGAAGCAGCAGCAGAGCCCGAGCCCGAGCCUGAGGUGGCAGCAGAGCCCGAGCCCGAGCCUGAGGUGGCAGCAGAGCCCGAGCCCGAGCCUGAGCCGGCUGCAGAGCCCGAGCCCGAGCCUGAGGCGGCAGCAGAGCCCGAGCCUGAGCCUGAAGCAGCAGCAGAGCCCGAGCCCGAGCCCGAGGCGGCAGCAGAGCCCGAGCCCGAGCCUGAGGCAGCAGCAGAGCCCGAGCCUGAGCCUGAGGUAGCAGCAGAGCCCGAGCCCGAGCCUGAGGCAGCAGCAGAGCCCGAACCUGAGCCAGAAGCAGCAGCAGAGCCCGAGCCUGAGCCUGAGGUGGCAGCAGAGCCCGAGCCCGAGUCUGAGGUGGCAGCAGAGCCCGAGCCCGAGCCUGAGGUAGCAGCUGAGCCUGAGCCCGAGCCUGAGGUAGCAGCAGAGCCCGAACCUGAGCCUGAAGCAGCAGCAGAGCCCAAGCCUGAGCCUGAGGUGGCAGCAGAGCCCGAGCCCGAGCCUGAGGUGGCAGCAAAGCCCGAGCCCGAGCCUGAGGCGGCUGCAGAGCCCGAGCCAGAGCCUGAGGCGGCAGCAGAGCCCGAGCCUGAGCCUGAAGCAGCAGCAGAGCCCCAGCCUGAGGUGGCAGCAGAGCCUGAGCCCGAGCCUGAGGCAGCAGCAGAGCUCGAGCCUGAGCCUGAGGUAGCAGCAGAGCCCGAGCCCGAGCCCGAGCCUGAAGCGGCAGCAGAGCCCGAGCCUGAGCCUGAGGCGGCAGCAGAGCGUGAGGCAGGAGCAGUGCCUGAGUCCACUGCAGCGGCCGCUGGGUCUGCUGCUGUGUCUGCUGAUAGUGCAGUGGACGAAGCCAUUGGAGAGAUUAUCCAGAUCAUCAAGGACUCACUCAAGGGGUAG